ACUAUUGUUGACUUUUCUCAGCCAGUCUAGUUUGACGUCGUAACACUGUGAUAAGACUCGAUGUGAUGGGAAUUUUUCAAAGUACACCAGUUAUCACAAUACAAUCGAACUCGGACACUAAACCAGUGUAAAGUGCUAGUUCGAUCACUACCUACUUAUUAUUCUACAGUCAACUUCACAAUGAAAAGUUUAACAACUCUGGUUCGUAAAGCUUCAAUAAGGCCUAACAAAUAUACCAUAAGUGAAAACUUUCAAAGAGUAUUUUCAUCUUCAAAUGCUGAAAAUAUGGUAUUUGGGGAAGAUGUUGCAUUUGGAGGUGUAUUCCGUUGUUCAAUGGGGCUGCAAGAGAAAUAUGGCAGACAAAGAGUGUUCAAUACACCUCUUUGUGAGCAAGGAAUUGCAGGUUUCGGGAUAGGCUUGGCAGUAACUGGAACAACAGCCAUAGCUGAAAUCCAAUUCGCAGACUACAUGUUCCCUGCAUUUGACCAGAUAAUGAAUGAGGCAGCGAAAUACAGAUACAGGAGCGGCAACGAAUUUAAUUGCGGCAAGUUGACAAUCAGAGCUCCGUGUGGUGCGGUGGGGCACGGCGCUCUUUAUCACUCGCAGAGUCCAGAGGCAUACUUCUCUCACACACCUGGCCUUAAAGUAAGGUCAAUUACACAUUAUAAAGAGUGUUCCUCAAAGAACUACAGUACUAAUACAGUUUUAAAGCUGCUUUUAGUACUCAACGACGGAAUAAGCUAAAAUUGUCUUUAGGAA